AUGGCAGGGUCAAAAGCAGCGUCAAUACAGUCAUCGUCGACUGUGCAACAAGAAAUCCAAGUAAAGGAAUCGGAUCUAUCUAUUGCCAGCCAUGAUAAGCAUUCAACCAUCGACGAAAAACAUUCCAUGUCAAUUGCAGAAGAACACGCACCUAUUCAACAAUCCGAAAAAGAAAGCAAAAACGAUAAAGACGAAGAAGAUGGCGAUGACAAGAAGAAAAAGAAAAAGAAGAAAGAGCCAUCGGUGCCUAUUUACAAGCUCUUCCGAUUCGCUACACCACUCGAAAUGAUUGGUAUCCUCAUCAGCAUGAUUCUUUCUGUUGGUGUUGGUGCCAUGCAACCCGUUGUCAUUAUCAUUUUUGGAGAUUUCCUUGGAAAUUUUCAAGAUGCUCUCUCAGUGCCUGGUGCUUCAUUCACCGAUGCCACGUACGACUUAAUUCUCGUUUUUGUGUACAUGGGUACGGCUACAUUAUUAGCUGCCUAUAUCGCCCAAUCGACUCUUAUUAUGACCGGUGAAAGCCAAGCUCGUCGUAUUCGUGAGCUCUAUGUGCAUUCCAUCCUACGACAAGAUAUGGGUUGGUUCGACAAGGCCGAAGAAGGUUCACUCACCACUCGCCUUGCUGCUGAUACUCAACUUAUUCAAGAUGGCAUCUCUGAAAAAUUCGGCAUCUUUUUGCAAUCUAUCGGUGCAUUUAUCACCGGCUUUAUCGUCGCUUUUGUCAAAGGUUGGCGGUUGGCUGUUGUCAUUUUAGCUACCAUGCCUGUACUUGCAGCUGUCGGUGGUGCUAUCGGUUAUUUCAUUACCAAGUUCACUUUGCGUGUGCAAGAUUCAUAUGCUGGUGCUGGUACCAUUGCCGAACAAGUCUUUAGUGGCAUCCGUACAGUGUACUCGUUCUCAUUGCAAGAACGCUUUGACAAGAUGUAUGCUGAAAAAUUGGUGGAUGCACGCAAAACGGGUGUACAACGUGGUCUUGCCUUGGGUGUUGGUUUUGCCGUUUUCUUGUUUGUCCUCUUUGCAACCUAUGGUCUUGCUUUCUGGUAUGGUGGCAAGCUUGUCUCUGAAAGCAUGAUGACCGGUGAUCUUGUGCUUGUGGUCUUUUUCGCUGAAGUGAUUGGUGCCAUGUCCUUGAUGCAACUUCCUCCCAACUUGUCAGCCGUUUCCACCGCAUGUGGUGCUGCAUACAAGAUCUACUCCACUAUUGAUCGCGUUCCUGAAAUUGACAUUGACAACGAAGGCGGCAUCAAACCUGAAAAGGUUACCGGUGAGAUCGAAUUCAAGAAUGUCCAAUUCAAAUACCCCACUCGUCCUGAUGUAACUAUUCUCAAGAAUCUCAAUAUCAAGAUCAAGCCUGGUAUGACGGUUGCCUUUGUGGGUCCUUCUGGUUCCGGCAAAUCCACCAGUGUUCAAUUGAUCCAACGUUUCUAUGAUCCCCUUGUUGGUCAAGUUACUCUUGAUGGCCAUGAUCUCAAGGACCUCAAUGUACAAUGGUUGCGAAAGCAAAUUGGUGUCGUUAGCCAAGAGCCCGUUUUAUUCAACAUGACCAUCCGCCAGAACCUUCUUAUGGGUGUGGAUCGUGAAGAUGUACCUCGUGAAGAAAUUAUUGAAGCCUGUAAGAAGGCCAACUGCCACACUUUCAUCUCGCAAUUGCCCAUGGCUUACGAUACAAUGGUGGGCGAACAUGGCGGUAUGCUUUCUGGUGGACAAAAACAACGUAUUGCUAUUGCUCGUGCCAUUCUAAAGAACCCCACCAUCUUGUUAUUGGAUGAGGCUACUUCCGCUUUGGAUACUCAAUCUGAACGUCUUGUUCAACGUGCCCUCGAUGCCGCUGCUGCCGACCGAACAACCAUCGUCAUCGCUCACCGCUUGAGUACCAUCAGAAAUGCAGAUUUGAUCGUUGUCAUGGACAAGGGCGAUCUCGUUGAGCAAGGAACACAUGAUGAACUUUUGGCGCUUGGUGGUGUGUACUCUGAACUCGUUAAGAAGCAGCAAAUCGCUACCAAGCAAGUGGGCGGCACUGACGACGAUGAAGAUAUCGAUGAAGAAGCCAUGAUGAAAAAGGAAACCGAGGAACUUCUCAAGCAACAGCAAAGAAUUGAAGAAUUGGCAGCUGCUGAAAAGGACAACAAGUCUGAUCAUCUUGUUCGCAUGAGCACCGUUUCAUCCGUUGAUGCAUUUGAACUCAAGUUACGCAAGCAAAAGGAGGAACGUAAGCAACGCAAGAAGCAAAAGGCACCCAUCGGCAAGAUUCUUCAGCAAAUGCGCCCUGAAUGGCAUCUUCUUGCCACUGGUACUGUCUCAGCUGCUAUCGCUGGUGCUGUAUUCCCUUGUUUCUCUCUCAUUUUCGCCCGCGUUGUCAGUGUCAUGAUUUUGUUGCCUCCCGAUCAAGUUGCUCCUGGUCCCAUGCAAGGAGCCAAUCUUUAUGCUUUCAUCUUUGUCAUGCUUGGUGUUGCCUCGUUCAUUGGCUUUGGUGGUCAAAUCAUAUCUUUCGAAGUGGCAGGAGAACGUUACACUGAACGUUUGAGAGCUGACAUCUUCCGUGCAUACAUGAAGCAAGAAAUCGGUUACUAUGACGACGAGGAGAAUAGCAUGGGUGCCUUGACCUCCAAGCUUGCCAUCGACUCCAAGAACGUGAAUGAACUUGUCACCAAGUGUUGGGGUGAUAUCAUGCAAAUCAUCUCUACCGCUAUCACUGGUCUUGUUAUUUCAUUCGUGCACAGCUGGCUCUUGACUUUGAUUGUGCUUUGUAUGUCACCUUUUAUCGGCGGUGCUACCUAUUAUGAAUCUACCAUCCAUCGUGGCUUUGAGGACAAGACCGCAAAGGCUAACGAGCAAAGUGGUGAAGUUGCUGGUGAAGCUAUCAAGGAAGUCCGUACCGUUGCUGCUCUCAACAAACAGGCCCAUUUCGAGCAAAAGUUCAGCCAUGCUUUGGAAUAUCCUCACAAGCUUGCCAUCAAGAAGGCUUAUUUGUCAUCCAUUGGUUAUGCUCUUCAACAAGGUGUCAUGAUGUACACCAACGCCGUCUCAUUCUACGCUGGUGUGCGCCUUAUUGAUCAAGGCCGUAUCGAAUUCCCCGAUAUGAUGGUGUGUAUGAUGGCUGUCCUUAUCACUGCCCAGGGUAUUGGUCGUGCUUCAGUGUUCACAUCAACAGCAGCCAAAGCCAAGAAUUCCGCCAUUGCAGCCUUUGAAGUGCUUGAUCGUAAAUCCGAAAUUGACCCUGACCUUGAAGGCAUGGAGCCCGCUUCUUCCAACAUCCACGGCGAUAUCCAAUUCAAGGACAUUACUUUCAGAUACCCUGCUCGUCCCGAUAUUCCAAUCUUUGAUGGUGAAUUCAACCUUGAUGGCAAAUCAGGUCAAACCAUUGCCUUGGUGGGUCCUUCUGGUUGUGGUAAAUCGACUACUAUUGGUAUGCUUCAACGUUGGUAUGAUCCUAUCGAUGGCACGGUUCGCUUGGAUGAGCACAAUAUCAAGAACUUUACUCUGGGUAACCUUCGUUCGCACAUGGCAUUGGUGGGUCAAGAGCCUGUAUUGUUUGAUAUGACCAUUGCUGAGAACAUCCGAUUUGGUGUUGAUGAGAGCAAGCACGUGACUCAAGAAGAUGUCGAAGAAGCAUGCAAAGCUGCCAACAUCCACAAGUUCAUUUCCGAAUUGCCUGACGGAUACAAUACACGUGUUGGUGACAAAGGAUCUCAAUUGUCUGGUGGCCAAAAGCAACGUAUUGCUAUCGCUCGUGCAUUGAUUCGCAAGCCCAAGGUGUUGUUGCUUGAUGAAGCUACCUCUGCAUUGGAUAGUGAAUCUGAAAAGCUGGUGCAACAAGCUAUCGAUAACAUUAUCAGCGAAGGUGGUCGCACAACUUUGACAAUUGCUCACCGCUUAAGUACAAUCCAGGAGGCAGAUUUGAUCUGUGUGAUCAAGGGUGGACGCGUAGUGGAGCAAGGCACUCAUUGGGAGUUACUCAAACUCGAUGGUGAAUACGCUAGUCUCGUUCGCCAGCAAUCUCUUAAUGCACACUAG